UCCAAAUUCCAAAUAAACUCUUGCCAUAUGAUUUCUCUAACCUCAGCCAUAAACCACUUUCUUAGCUCUUAGCUCUUAUUCAUGUCAUCAGCUUAAGCCACUUAUAUCCACACCUUCCAUUAUUAUCUGCCAUUUCUCUCUGAACAUUUUCCCAGAAGAGAAAGAACAAUGGCAGUUUGCACAGUGUACACUGUUCAAUCCCUCCACUCAACAUGUUCAAUCUCCACGCCCACCAAAACCCACUUCCAAAGACAGGUUUUUGUCUACAAAAAGAGCGCUAGGAAGGUGGGAAUUUCGUGCGCCGCCGCCGGGGGCGACGGCAAGACGGUGGUGAUAGGCCUGGCGGCGGACUCGGGGUGCGGGAAGAGCACGUUCAUGCGGCGGCUGACCAGCGUGUUCGGCGGCGCGGCGGAGCCGCCCAAGGGCGGAAACCCGGACUCCAACACGCUCAUCAGCGACAUGACCACCGUGAUAUGCUUAGACGACUACCAUUCUCUUGACAGGACCGGGAGGAAGGAGAAAGGAGUGACGGCUCUUGACCCCAGAGCUAACGAUUUUGAUCUCAUGUAUGAACAGGUUAAAGCUUUGAAGGAAGGUAAAGCCGUUGAUAAGCCUAUUUAUAAUCACGUUACUGGCCUUCUUGAUCCCCCUGAGCUUACCAAACCCCCCAAGAUUCUUGUCAUUGAAGGAUUGCACCCCAUGUAUGAUGCUCGUGUGAGAGAGCUCUUGGACUUCAGUAUCUACUUGGAUAUCAGCAAUGAAGUUAAGUUUGCAUGGAAAAUCCAGAGAGAUAUGGCUGAAAGAGGGCACAGCCUUGAGAGCAUCAAAGCCAGCAUAGAGGCCAGGAAGCCAGACUUUGAUGCCUACAUUGACCCGCAGAAACAAUAUGCAGAUGCGGUUAUAGAGGUGCUGCCGACGCAGUUGAUUCCAGAUGACAAUGAGGGCAAGGUGUUGAGAGUGAGGUUGAUAAUGAAAGAAGGGGUGAAGCAUUUCAGCCCGGUUUACCUCUUUGAUGAAGGGUCUACUAUCUCAUGGAUCCCUUGCGGGCGAAAGCUGACCUGUUCUUACCCCGGGAUCAAGUUCACCUAUGGACCCGACACAUACUUUGGCCAUGAGGUGUCUGUGCUGGAGAUGGACGGGCAGUUUGACAGACUAGAUGAGCUGAUCUAUGUUGAGAGCCAUUUGAGCAGCCUCUCCACCAAAUUCUAUGGUGAAGUGACACAGCAAAUGCUGAAGCACGCCGACUUCCCGGGGAGCAACAAUGGAACAGGCUUCUUCCAGACCAUUGUUGGGUUGAAGAUCAGGGAUCUGUAUGAGCAGAUCGUUGCCACCCGGGCUGCAGCUCCAGUGGAAGCCAAGGCCUAAAAAAAUUCGCCCAAAUUCAUUACUCUUUCCCUUUCUCAUCACUUCUCUGUGGUUUUCACUUUUCAUUUAGGUUUUCUUUCUCAUCUUUCAUGUAAUUCCACUUGAGAGAGAGUUAGGUGAUAUGAUAUGAUAUGAUCCCCCAUAAAUGAGAAACAGUCCAUGUGUAUUUACUUCCA